GCCAAAGCAAAUGCCCAGGGAGGCUCCUACAUCCCAGCUGCUUGGUGUCUCCGCGCCUUUACCCGCGAAGGCCGCCGCCGGUGGAACACCAGCAUCGGCAUCUUCUGCAGCCGCCUCACAGGUCCCUGUGGUGGCCGCUGCCGCCAGUGCGCCACAGACACCUCGCACAGCCACGCCGGUAGCAUCGCCCCGGCUCUCUGCGGCACAAACGAGGCAAGGCGAGGGCCCUGGUUAUCCCGCAGCUGCCAUGUCCUCUGCAAGCACGGUGGGCUCGCAGCAAACAUUGCCCAAGCCGCCGUCACUUACGUUGGGAAGCCCCGCAGCCACCCCCGUGUCCGUCCAGCGCGAGCCCAGCAUUGCAACGAGUUCUGCACCUUCCCCGCGUACGGCACCCGCCAGCAGUUCCGCAUCCCCAGCCAAGGCGGCCGGCCUGAACAUCGGCAGCCGGGGAGGCGGCGUUCCUAUCGGUGGUGGCGUCCGAGUCGGCGGCGGCACGCCGAAACAGGCGGCAAGCGCAGCCAGUCCCUUCUGA